AUGGUGACGGGAGAAGGAUUCCCGGGAUCAACCGAGGACCGGUGUCGACUACCGGCGUACAAGCCUGCGUACCUUGGACCCUGCCAUCUAUCCGCCUUUUCAAAAGUGUCUUUGCUCAUCGUGGACUCGGGCGAGAGAAACGUCGGCGACCUUGUUGACCUCGACGUUCACUUGAUGGACGCAAGGGACAUGGCGAUAAAUCGAAAUGAUGAUGGCGCUGGGAUGACCCGGUGUCGAUGCCAGCUGUCAGCGAGCACCAGUAUGUAUUUGGAUCCAACCCCAAUUCUUCGCAUUGCAGGGUCUGUGGGAAAGCCUGCGGUACUCCGUACAAGUCAACAAAUCAACAAGCAAACACCACUGCGGCCGAGAGAAGCGGCCCUGAAGCAAGGCAGAGAAGAGCAGGGACAAGCGAGACUGGUGCGACUGCAGAGCCGCCCGCCACCCCUUACCUACCCCGUCAUUUCUGCCCCAGAACCCAGCGGUCAUGCAUGGGGUGGAGUUGAGGCCAUUCUGAGGGCAUUUUUGCAUAUUGGAGGCGGCGACCCGGAGGACUUCCAGGACUCAAGCGUCAAAGAUGUGAGAGCCAAUCCCCGUGGAUUUGAUUGCCUGACCUCUCCGUAUCGGGGCAAGUGUCUGUAUGACUACGAGAGGAAGAACUUGGAAGAAGUUGAGCCUCGAAGUCUAGGUUGGGGUUGGUUGACCGCCGUCGACCGUUGGAGUUGGAGUUGGAGUCAGAGAUGGAGUCAUGUCGAUUUGAGGAUGAUGGUGGUGACUCUGACUCGGAAGGCAAUCCGUGCCACCCCUCAGCCUCUUUCUUUUUCGUCUUCCUUUCUUCUUUUCUGCAUUUUUUGGGUCUUCUUUGUUGACAUCUCUCGACGCGGUAUGUCGAUAUCCUCAGGAGGCAUUCCCAGAGACAAAAGUGGAAGAAUGGGAGUCUUCACCCCACGGCCGCUGUCACACAAUGGGAAGGCCGGUGCUACUAUGCAUCUUGACGAACGAAAGGUGCAAGUACAACCAGGAAGCAAGAGCAAGGCAUGGUACUUUGACCAUGUACUUCCCGUCGUUCGUACUUUGGAGAACAUCAGGGUGCUUCCACUGUACUACCAACACACUCACAACUUCACGACUCCAACAACGCUCAUCAUCAGUCAAUACAAGACAGCAAUUCACACAACAACAACACCAACUGAUCUUGUCCUGCGGUGCUACACUACAAACAAUAACACCUGCAGCAACUUCAAACCCCAGCUCUGUUCCGUCCCGUCCCAUCCCAUCCCAUCCUGUUCCAGUCAACCUAACGGAACGAUGCAUGCACGGGUGUGUCUUGGUCCACCGCCCAUCACAGAUGCAGCCCCAUCGAGCCCAUCCAUGCUCCCCCUGCUGUUAGCAGCACCUCAUGCCGGGGCGGAUGCGCUGCCGCUGCAGGACCCAGACCAGCCGCCUCUGUCCCUAUCACUGAGCUCCGACGAGAGAUCCAUGUCAUCGGCUGCUCAGCGUCCUCCCUUCCCAUCUCUCUUCCAUCAUCCUCUGCCUCCUACAACAAUCCCUUUGUCUUUGCCUACCUCAACGUACCCCAUUAUCUACUUCUUCUUUACUCACCACAACCUUUCCCCCAUCAUCACUCUUCUACACUUUCCCUCGCUCUCUUCAAGUCAGCAUAUCCCGUCUGAUCUUUCUGCUGUGCCUGUUUCUUCUUCUUCCAUUCUGCUGGCCCACCCAGCGGAUGACACCAGCGCCGAUAACCUCCGACUCGACCACCACCGCACCGCAACUCCGCACAUCGCCGUCCAUUCUUCUCUGAACUCCUCCGUCCUUCUUGGAAUUCGGAUAACCACACCAGCCGCGCAUUUUGGAGCGGCUCGUUUGCGUUGCUGUUGGAGGACCUGCUUAGGAAGUCGCUUUCCCUGCUUGGCGAAAGCUUCCCCUCUGUCACCACAGCUUCUCGUUUCGACUUUCCUGCUCUGUACCGCACGCAACCGAGAGCCAUGGUCCAAGGCAGCGCUUAGCUUGUCCAUUUCGCCCUCGCCCUCGCCCUCGUUCUACGGUUCUGCAGUCAUCCAGCCCGGCUCCGUAACGCCCUUGGCCUGCUUGUGCGAUAUCGCUUCUCACCAUUCGCCGCCCGUCUCCACGGUGUUGCAACAACUACUUUCUCUCCGCCCGCCCUACGAGUUCUCCUCCCCCGACCGGCCGAUUCUCCCCUCGCUGAUGGAUGAGCAAGUUCGGUACCACCCCAACUUCGAUAUCGCGAAUACCCUCUCCCCCGCCGCCUAG